AUGACAUCUUCUUCACCCCGCCCCUCGUCCUCGCACCAGCAAGAUGGCACACACAUGAACGGCAACGCCAAUGGUGCUUCGACCGCUUCUGCUUCCACAGUGCCCCGCGAGCCAUCACAAGAGGACAAAGAUCAAGCACAGCAGUACAAGACACAGGGCAACCAGCUGUUCUCAGCAAAGGAAUACUCGAAAGCCAUCGAUGCCUUCACACGAGCUUACGAGCUGGAUCCCACCGACUCGACGUUUCUCACCAACCGUGCGGCCGCAAAGAUGAGUCUCAAGAUGUACAAGUCUGCACUGUCCGACUGUCAGCUCGCCAAAGAUGUGCAGGCCAAGCAGUCGCCCGAUGCCGUUGCUCAGCCCAAGACGCUGAUCCGUCUGGCAAGGUGUCACCUCUACCUUGGCAAUCCUUCAGGUGCGCUCUCAGUGCUCAAUCCUGUUGUCAGCCUGCGCGAUUUGGAUGAGCCCACGCUCAAGCAGGCCAAGCAACUUGAAAAGCAGGCCAACAGUGUCGCAGAUCACCUCGCUUCCUUCCAGAGCUUUUGCGCUCAGGGCGAUUGGUCCGUGGCCGCUUUUGCGCUCGACCAGGCUCAAUCGCACGCAGGCAUUUCCGAGAGCGAUGUGCCGCUCGCAUGGAGAAUCAUGCGCGCCACGGUUUACCUGCACAAGAACAACCUCGACCAGGCCAACAGCGUUAUUGCUGACGCGCUCCGUGCCGACUCUAGCAAUCCAGAAGCGCUCCUCGUACGUGCACGCAUCCUGCUCGCCAAGGGUGACACGGCCAAAGCGAUUGCGCACUGUCAGGCUGCGCUGCGUUCCGAUCCCGAACAGUCCGGUGCCAGGGAUCUGCUCAAAAAGUGUCGUCGACUCGAAGCCAAGAAGGAAGAGGGAAACACGAGCUUUAAAAAAGGCGACAACCUCGCUGCUGUACGCAGCUACACUGAGGCGUUGGAAAUUGCUGGUGACAACUCGCAACGCGAUGGACCCGCCCAAGGCUUCAAAGCGAUCCUCUACUCGAAUCGUGCUACUGCCAACUCGAAGAAAGGCGACCACAAAGCGGCUAUCGCUGACUGCGAUGCUGCGCUCCAACUCGAUCCCGGCUAUGUGAAAGCGCUGCGUACGCGUGCACGAGCAUUGCUCGCUACCGAAAAGUAUGAAGACGCCGUGCGCGAUUUUAAGAGCGCGCUCCAAGAAGCGUCGGUUUCCGGAGGACGAGAAGCCGAACAGUUGCAGCGCGAACUGCGCUCCGCCGAAAUCGACCUUAAGCGAAGCAAGAAGAAGGACUACUACAAGAUCCUCAACGUCGCCAAGGAUGCCUCAGAUAGCGAUAUCAAAAAGGCCUAUCGCAAGGAGUCUCUCAAGCAUCACCCGGAUAAGGGCGGAGAUGAAGAAAAGUUCAAGCUCUGUAGCGAGGCCUACAACGUCCUGAGCGAUGAAAACAAGCGAAGGCGUUACGAUGCCGGCGCAGAUGACCUCGAACACGACGGUAUGGGAAUGGCCGGUGGAUUCGGUGGUCCAGGAGGAGUCGAGAUCAAUCUCGCCGAUUUGUUCGGUGCUGGUGGGGGAAUGGGCGGUGGCUUCCCGAUGGGUGGUAUGGGAGGUAUGGGCGGUAUGGGAGGCGGUUUCCCCGGUCAGCAAAGAGGCGCUCGUCCUCCACCCGGCUUCCGCUUUGGUUGA